AUGGAAGAUGUUCCUUCAAUGAUUUACAAAAACCCCAUUAGGAGAAACUCUAGGCGAUCUACAAUGUAUCUGGGCGUGAGAAAAAGGCCAUGGGGAAGAUAUGCAGCUGAGAUUAGGAACCCUUAUACCAAAGAGAGACACUGGCUUGGCACAUUUGACACUGCUGAAGAGGCUGCUAUAGCCUAUGAUCUUUCAUCUAUCAACAUUUCUGGUAUCAAUGCUCGAACCAAUUUUCAUUACCCUUUUCUGUCUCUUCCACCACCACCUAUCUCAUUGCCUCCUCCACCGCCGCCGCCUACCCCGGAGCUGCAUCAAAGUGUUGGAGUUUGUCCGGAGAUGAACUCUGCUUUCGAUGGCGAUGAUGAAUCUCUGGUUAUUGCUUCCAUUUUGCAAAGCUUUUCUAACUCUGGUAACUGUUCUUUUUAG